AGAUAGCCCGCCGAGUCGCUCCUCCGAAGGGCAAUCUGUCCCCCAAAUUUUGCCCUGCGUCGAGCUCGGUAAUCAGAUCCAUGGCACCCUCCACCAUCUCCUUCCACCCUUCGACCCUGACGUCCGCCGGAUCCAACUCCCCGCGCUCCGGAUUCCCCGACCGGGCCAUACUCUGCAACGCGGUGCGCACCUCGAAGCACCGGAACGCGACCACCGCCCAGUGCGAGACGAGCGAAGGCCAUACUGUCGAGGUCUCCUUCUGGCUCGUCGACCCGCCGGCCGUCUCCUACCUGAGCGUCAACUGCCCCGGCCUCGAUGAGUCCCACUUCGCCGACAAAAUGGAUCCGCCCUGGCUCGUCUGCGCCGAGGCCACCUUCGUCCUCUUCACCGUCACGGUCCGGGGCACCACCGACCACUUCGUCUACACAGCCGGCCCCGCAGGGGACCGAUCGCUGCAGCUGCUCCCGGACCCCAACACCGGACCCUUCACGAACCACCCGUACGCCCUCUUGCCCCGCGGCGGCGACAGCUUCGACGUGGCCUUCCUCGACCGCAGGUGGAUAUCCCAAGAUGACGGCUGGCGGUUCCAUGCCUCGGUCUUCUCAUCCGAAACGCAGUCUUGGAGGAGGAGCAGGGUGUCGUUGCAGCACCUAUCCGACUCUGACAAGUCAUUGUGUGGCCAUCAUGGCCUGUCUAAGCAGAUUGCUGUCGGGGGAGACUCGCUAGGUUGGGUUGAUCUCGCGAGUGGUAUACUCCUUCUCCAGGACCUCUUCGACGAGCACCCUGUCAUCAGGUUUAUCCAUUUCCCCGAGUCGAGGGUUUGCUUCAUGGAUGACGACGGCAUCCCGCACUACCCCGAUGAGUAUUAUUGCAAUGUCGCAUGCUAUGACGAUCUCAUCAAGUUCAUCCACAUAGAAUUCGAUGACCCUGCUAUCCGGACCAGCGGUCAAGCUUGGAGAGCCACCAUGUGGAGUAGGAAGAUCUCUUGGAACAACUGGCGCCGCUGCUCCACAGUUGAUGUUGCUAAUAUCUCGGUUGACCAAAGCUAUUCUGAUUUAUUGCCUGUGCUACGGAAUGAUGAGAUGCAGCGACUGGAAUUGGAGAGACUGAUUUUCCAUACCCCGGUCCCGAGCGUACGCAAUGACGAUGUUUUUUACAUGAUGGCCAAGGUGAAUGGUAAAAAAGACACUGCCUGGGCCAUCGCAAUUGACAUGAAACGUGCGGCUGUGGAAGCAAUGGCCCCUUUUUCUGCUCAAGUGUAUAGUCUCGUUACAAUGUACCGUCCAUGCGUCUUCCCCAAGUACCUCAACAUGACCCCAGGGGCAGGCAUGGGUAAUCCAGUAAAUGAGUGUUUUAAGCGGUUGAGUGCGAAGCAAUGUCUGGUGGAAGUGCUGUGGACUCUAGACUGGCUUCGAGAACUCGAUCAAGUCUUGGAAAUUGAGAGGUCAACUUACAACACCUGUAGAUUGCUACUUCAGCUUUCUCCAGUAUCAUCUCUUCGUUCUAAUAUCGAAUUAAUGGUAAAAUGUGCUUCGUUCUGUAAUGGUCAAGGUGAAGCUGCAUCCAAAGCCGCGAACUUCUGCUUAAGAGCAUUGGAUGGUUUCGACUUGGCACUACAUGAAUCACCAUGUGAUCUGUCCGCAUCUGUUGAAGCCAUGAGGUUCAAAAUCAGGGAUGUCCUUCAAGCUCUAGACAAUAUAUUGCAAAUCGUGCCACCGGCACUGAUACCAGAAGAAGGGACACCUGGAGAAGGAAAAAGAGGAGAAGCACUAUCGGAAACCUGCGAGAAGCCGGAUAAUGAAUCUGACAAGUGGCAGAAAGAGACUUCCGAACCCAGUAACUCUCGAGUGGAGAAGUAUCAAGAGAACAAGGGGGCAUGUGACAGGAAAGAACGAAGAGCCAUGAUGGUUUGGGAUGUCAGGUUGCUGAUUCUCAUUGUCUUAUUUCUGGCAUCGCUCGUCUUCACUGUAUCUUGGAAUUCAUGCCGAUGAAAGAUAUGCUAAGAAGAGUACAGAUGAUGCUCGCAAGUGUCUGCCUCAAACGAGAAGAACCAGUACCAGUAUUUAUUUGGACGCUGUGACAAGCCAUGCCAUGGAAAGGGUAGAUCCGAUGGACAGAAGCAAGCAGGGAGAUCCAACCCCAAUAACUCCAGGGAGGCUCAGAGGAAGAACAAGAACAAAAAGAAGAAUCAGCAGCAGGCGCUGGUUCUGAAUUGCCGAUUACCGGUGCAGUUGUACCUGCUAUAUUUUGUCGGCUCUGUAUUGGUAGCGGUUGCUGUAAAAGCGUUGUGUCGCCAUCUCGGUUCAGUGUAAUAGAGCCAGUAUCUUUAGUCCCUUUUUGCCAGAAUGAUGAGGAACAAAAGUGUAUAUUCUACUCCCUCCGUUCUCGAAAAGUGUAUUUGGCACAUGAGCACCAGUGCUCCUGAUUUCUAAAAAUCAUAUUUUUUAUUUCAAAAAAUAUAAAAUUAAAUACCCACAUACAUAUAAA